AGCUGUCAAGACAUUACCAAAAUGAGGGUUGAUGCUAUUGUGAAUGCUGCUAAUAAUUCUUUACUUGGUGGUGGUGGAGUGGAUGGAGCUAUUCAUAGUGCUGCAGGACCAGAACUGUUAAAAGAAUGUCGUACAUUGGGUGGUUGUCCAGAUGGAGAAGCCAAAAUAACAAAAGGUUAUCGUUUGCCUUCAAAAUAUGUCAUUCAUACUGUAGGACCUCAAACUGAAAAACCUGAUAUACUUUCGAAUUGUUAUAAAAAUUCUCUUCGAAUCUUGUCUGAAAAUAACUUGCGUUCAAUUGCCUUUCCUUGUAUUGCAACUGGUGUUUAUGGUUAUGAUAAUGAAAGAGCUGCUAAUGUAGCUUUAAAAACUGUUCUUUCCUAUUUAUCAAAGGAAGAGCAACAAAUUGAUGAAGUCAUUUUUGUCUUGUUUAAUGAAAAAGAUAGAAAGAUUUAUAAAGAUUUAGUCCCCAAGUAUUUUCCAGAUGCCUCUGUUGAAUUUCAAACAUUUUAAAAAUUAUAAUGAUAAUAAUAAUAAAAGAUGAAAUAUUUUUUAGCCAAUCAAA